AAAAAGCUGACUUCAUUCAAAUUGAAUAGUGCGCUGUACCAGAGUUAUCGUCAUCCUGACUUUUACGAUUCUGUACCGAGACAAAGACACAACUACAGACCUACAGCAGAUCAAAUUUACACAUUUGAAGAUAAUCAUAUAUAACUCCCAUAACACACUGGAGAAGAGACUAUUGGGUCCUAGGUCAUGUAUAUACCAAUACUAGCCAUUUACAUCUUCUAUUAGACCAAUAUUAUACACCAAACCACGUCAGAGCUGUACCCAAGCCCAUAUUCACCAGUGUAUCAUUCCUUCACCAGCGUACUCCUUCACCAGUAUACUCCUUCAUUCGGCAUCUAAAAGUCCCUGAUACCCCCCUUUAUAGCUAUUUUUUUCUACUUCCCAUGAGUUUAAGCCAUCCAGAAACACAUUCCCUGGCGCAACCUUUACUAACAGCUCUGCCCCCCCUGGAGCUCUACCCUCUCCUGUCACAUAUAGGUGAAACCUCCCCUCCCAGUAUCUAUACCCCCACCAUUGAAAACACCAUUACCGGGACAUUUGCCUACCUUGUGGUACUCUCCGCGGCCAUCGGGGGCCUUCUUUUUGGGUAUGAUACCGGCGUCAUCUCUGGGGUGCUCGUGACGGUCGGUACGGAUCUCGGGGAAACCCUUACGCCGCACCAGAUGGAGCUUAUUACCGCCAUCACCAGUAUCGGGGCACUUGUCGGCAGCUGCGGUGCCGGUUUCUGGGCCGAUAGGGUGGGCCGCAAGCGAAUCAUUGCCGUUUGUUGCGUCGUGUUCAUCGCUGCUGCCUGCGGAAUGGGGUUCUCUCAGACCGUCACGCAGUUGGUGUGUGGCCGGCUAGUGGUGGGCUUUGCGGUGGGGGCGGCGUCGAUGAUAGUGCCGGUUUACAUUGCGGAAAUCGCUCCGUCUCACCAACGGGGAAUGUUGCUUACGCUAAACUCGGUGGCAACCACGGGAGGCCAGGCAGUGGCAUACAUCGUGGCUGUCUUGGUAAAGGACUGGAAAUACAGCUGGAGGAUCAUGAUUUUGGUAUCUGUCGUCCCUCCCGCGAUUUUUCUCUUGGUGGUGGGGUUCAUUCCCGAGUCCCCGCGCUUCCUUGUUCUCAAGAAUGAUGUGCGGACCGCUUCCUCGGCAUUGGGAAAGCUCUACCCAAGUGCCACUGCUGAACAGAUCGGCGAGGCCAUUGAGAUUAUCCAGAAGGAUGUGCUUGCUAACAAAGCGAUUCUCCAGGAGACGGCAGCUGUCCGUCUCUUCGGCAAGACUUCCACCGUUAGAGCUUUGGCUGUGUGCUGUGGGCUUAUGAUGUUUCAGCAGCUCUGCGGGUUCAACGCCUUGAUGUACUAUUCUCCGACCAUUUUUCAGACCUUGGGGAUCAAAAAUCCUUUGCUAACGGGGCUCUUUAUCGCGCUCACCAACUUUGCCUUUACCUUUGUGGCUGUGUAUCUUAUUGAUCGAGUUGGACGGCGAAAGAUUCUACUCAACACGGUGUGGAUCAUGUCGCUUACCCUUUUCGGGGCGGGAUACUUUCUCCGUAACAUGAAGCCGGGCGCAGAGCCGUCCACCGGCAACUCUCAGAUCAUUAUGGCCCUCUGUUGCCUUUGUUUGUACGUAGCGUCCUAUGCCAGCGCCUUGGGGACGGUCCCUUGGACCGCUUCGGAGUUGCUUCCUAUGGAAGCCCGAGCCUUAGGUGCCACUCUUGUGACCUGCUGCAACUGGCUGACCAACACCAUUGUGUCGGUGUCAUUUUUGUCACUUGUGACAAGGAUUGGAUCGUGGGGGACGUUUUCGAUCUACGGAGCUGUUUGCGUGUUGGGAUGGCUCGGAAUUUAUGUGGCCUAUCCCGAGGUGAAUGGAUUGCCAUUGGAGGUGGUGAGCAAAAUUUUUGAGGACGGGUUUGGGGUAGGGUUGGCAAACGAGAUGAGACGGGAGUUCAAGUAUGUUGGUGAAAGGAGAGAAGGUGGGGUAGAUUGAAAAAGAAGUGGAUUUAUGAGAAACUUUAUCGCCGAGAAAGUUGUAACUACAUAAUCACGCACCUAUUAUUAAAUAGGACUAGUUCUGUAAAAUAUAGAUAACUGCGCUGUGAACCGGAACCCACUUAGGUCUGCACAUGUGACUCU